AUGGCGUCCAAGGAAGCACCGGCAGAAGAAGGGGCCGUCAACAGCGAUGUGAAGGUGAAGAAGGCUUUGGUGCAAAAGGCCGUGCGGGCGCUAAAGCAGGUCGUUGAGAAGCGCAGUGCCAAUCAGAACCCGCUCUUCAACGAAGCCACUGAGACCUUGACGCUGCACUUCGCCCUGGCGAAGAUCCCGGAGAAGCACCUCGCAGAAACAGCUUGGACACCCGGCGGUGAUCCCUUUGCCGGGAUGGAGGGUGCCGUGGAACCCAUUUCCGAGGCGUUGCAGGCGUUGGGGCGUCCCGCGAAGGCGCCGGUGGGCUUUUCAGCGGCUGCCUCUGAAAAGCAUUUCUUGAGGAAACAGCUGGGCGACAAAGCGGCUCCCGGCAGCGAUGCAACGUUGGUGGUGAAGCCGGAGUUGCCGCCUGAGUGCAAGCCACACUCUUUCGACAAGAUCUGCUUCAAGGAUUACAAGGCCCUGGAUGGGCCGUGGUUUGUGUGUGCUCAUUUGGAGAAGAAUUGA